AUGGAGAGGAAGCGGCUAUUAUUUAUCGGACACAAUAAUGGCUGCUACCCAACAUCUCCGUUGUUUUCUACGCGAUCCCAUCGACAUUGGAGGAUCAUCGAUGUCUGAAUCGUCGUCGUGAAACCGCCUCUACCUCCGUUGCUUCUCUGGCCCGGCUGCUUACCCACAAUGCAUUGCCAGAGGGCUUUGUGUGUCUCACACAGACCGAUAUAACCGUUGCCACUGUCACCUCACCAGCCAGUUCGCAUCACAUCAACACAGCCGGAAGGUCUUGUCCUGCUUGAUCUUGUUUACCGUCUUACUGAAACUAUGUCCGGCUCAGGGGACUUACCAGCCAUCGAGGGCUCGGGGAUGGGCGGGAUGAAGCUCCCCAUCGGGAUGACCCGCCGGGGCCUCAGCUACGACGACAACCUGGAGGCCCCCAUGUCCACGCCCCCACACGACAUCAGCAUCAAUAACCUGUGGAGACGACCCAUCAUACCAGAGAGGAAGUUCACACACCUGGCUGAGGAGGAUGAAAGUGGCGCAGUGAGUCAGUCUGUGGUGCCGGAGAGCGCCCCCUGCAGGUCACCAAAUGUAGUGAAGACCAAGGCGUCCUCCAUCAUCAUGAAUUCUCUUAUCACCAAGCAGACUCAGGAUAGCGUGUACAAGUUUGAGCAGAGAGCGGGGCUCACUGACACCAGCUACACUCCCCAUAAAGGCCUCACCGCUGAGGAGACGAGACACCACCACCGCCUGCCCGAAUCACUCCAGAAAUUGCAAAUCCAGAGCAUGGAGGCCAGAGAAGAGCGGCAGACCUCGUCCGCCCAGUCCACUCCAUCCAACACACCACACACCUCCCCAAAACAACAACGCAGGGGCUGGUUUGGCAGUACGAGUUCAGAGAUCAGCAUCAGCUCCUCCAACAGCAGCGUAGACCUGGGAGGAGGAGACGCAGCAGUGGGAGGUGCAGUUGAGCGAUGGAGCGUAUUUGGCCCGCGGCCUCUUGUCCAGAAGUCGGCUUCUGACCUGGGAUCAGACCCAACAGCUCCAGGCUUUGCAUUGAUGGGGUACCGCGGUGCCCAGAAGCCGACCCCAAUGGAGGUAAUGAAGUCACAGGCCACGCGGCUGGCUGACGCCCCCGUGGCUCAGAAGGUGGCCCCUCCCAAAAUGGAGAUUCCCACAGUGGAGGGUCGACGGCAGGGAGCGCGCCCACACAAGCUCAAACACAGAGACAUGAACAUCCUCACGCCCUCUGGCUUUUAAGAUGUGACGUGUGUCGAAGCUGCUCGUCACUCAAGACGCCGAAGGUCCCAUGAAAUAUUUGGGCCGACAUUUUCAUCCAGCAACGCCAUCAUGAAGUUUAGGGGCGAGCCAGCUGACCCCUCGAAAUACGGAUCCUGCAGGUCUGCUUGUGCAGAUAAAUCUGUUUUAUUAAAACGUGGGUGUCAUUUUCAAACUUUCGUACAUUAUUUCUGUUAGUAAUAACAACGCCACUCAAUCCCAAGGUUAGGCACACUCAUUUUGGUGAAAAACAAAACCCAAAAGCAAACAGUUAAACCUCAGCUUUGGAGGAGAGAAAUUAUUAUCAUUUUUCAUGUAAAAACCUGUUGAAACAUUAACCUCCAAGCUGUUUCAUGGGACCAUUCAACAGUAGCUCCAACAUUCAGAUCACCACUGACUACCCACCAUCUUGGCCACUGAAACAAAUUUUAAAAAAGUAGAGUUUCCUCUCUGCAUUGCUCGGGCGUUGACUUUGUUGCUUGGCUGUAAAAUCCUUCUGUCCUUCAUCCUUUUAACUGUUACACCUGGCUGCAUCAAUUUGGACUUCUGACACCAGAUUACCUGGAGGGCCACUUCAGGAUUUUGUGAAGAUUAUGGUGAACCUGGUUUAGGAUGAUCCCCUCUAUAUGCACUUUAUCCACACUCUUCCCAACCAGACCAAAACCCUCUCAUAUUACAGUACACAGCCCUCCAGGAUGCAGAUUACAGUGAGAAAACUUCCUCCUGUUCAGUGUUUUUGGUCUCUACAUGAAAACUUCAUUUGUCUCCCUAAAGGGGCAUUUCAAUAAGCAGGGUGGGAAGAAUAAGUCUAACCAUAAUUGUAAUUUAAUCAAACCAACAGAACAAACAAAUCCAAAAUCAAUUGUAAAAAAAAAAAAAAAUUGUCUCAGGAAAUACUGAAAAUUCGGCACCUGCUCACUGAAACGUUCCACUUAUUUGUUUUGUGUUAAAGUUUUUUAUGUUUUAAUGUAUAGAUUUUUUUUAUAUGCUACUGUAGCAACAGAUUUUAGUUUUUUGGGAUCAGAAGAAAAAAAAAUUGUAUAGAUCAGAGCUGCAUGUGACAAAAAGUCACACACUGACACUGCUGCUGCGUUUCAGGGUUUCCAGAUUGCUGGAUUCAAUCGAAAUGGAAAUAUUAAAAAGGACCGAAAAUUCGGACAGGGUUUAAAGUGUCUUUGAGUUUUCAGUGUGUGAGCUCAGUAACAUGCCAGCUUCUGUUUUUUAGUCAAAUAUGAAGGGUUCCUUUUUCUGAUGAGUUCUGGUGCUGAACAUGAACAACUUAAGAGAAAGAUUGUGUGUGCAUCCUGCAGAAACCUUGUGUCACCCAGAAAAAAUGAAAGAGCAUUUCACACACAGACCUGGCAUUUAAAAAUGUGAGGUGCAAGGAAAUGUUGAGAAAACACAUUGCAUUGCUACAACAGAAAAUGAAUGAAUUACAGGGUUUUAUUCUAGAAACUGCAGGAAGAUUUCUGCAGUUUUUCUCACUAAAGAGGUGUCAGACUUUCCUGCAGUGCAAUUAAGUUGCUUUCAUACGAGGUUUCUGCAAGAUGUUAAGUGUUAAGCUUUGUAGAUUCACAUAGCACCUGGCUGAUUGUUGUUACUAUUAUUUUACUUCAAUUAUUACGUGGAAACAGCAGUCCGUUUGCUGGAACUGUAAUAGAUUCCAUGUGUAUUGUAAAAACAGACGCUGCUAAGUCAGCAAUGCACGAGUUUGUCUGUUUUAUGGAGUGAAAUUUCACCUGCCUAUCGUAACUCUGCUGUGGGUCAGUCAGAUGUUGUGUCGAUCAAUCCUAAAGUUGUAAACAGAAGACGACACACACGCGCCGGUGUCAGCAGCUGUAAAUAUUAAAUGAAUAUGACUGUUUCUUUUAAGUUAAAGUUUCUGUUUCAUAGUUUGUGUUCACAAGUGCUUAAAGUGUUUAAAGUGUGACGCUGUUCCCUUUAAAUCUCUCCCUGACUCAAGUAUCACAUCUGAAUCUCCUCUGUAUGGUGGUGUGACUGUCGUAUAAAUUGACUGAAUUAGUUUUGCUAUUUUGUUCAAUAUUUUCUUCAGUUGACGGUAAAGAGAUAUUUUCCUUGGUUUAUACAUUGUUUGUACACUUUGUUUUUUGCCAAAACUGUUUGGAAAAUGAGAAUAAAUGUUACGUUCUCAAAGA